UUUUUUAGUAAAAAACAAAAGACAAAAAAAACUUUUUUAUUCAUCCAUCGUCAGCUAGUUAAAAAAAGGGCCACGUCAUUUAAAAUAAUUUUUUUUUAUAAAACUACGUCUGAAAUUAGUAUGUCGUUCAAUCACCAAAAAAAGUUGAGAAUCUAAGUUCAAUUUCAUGUUUCCACUACUGUUUCUGGGCGGAAAUCCAUUGAAUGGAGCCUUAGGAGGGCUAGCAUGCUGUACAAUGGCAGCUAGUACAGUAUACGCUUUACGCAAAAAAAUUCCGCAUCCGUCUGAAUUUCAAAUUAUUGGUUGUUGUUGUCUUCAUGGAGGAUGUCACUCACAUGAGAAGCUUAAUCUUGUUGUUGAAGUACAUGAAGCUGCAAAUAUACCAAGGGGAGCCGCUGUUUAUGUUUAUUUGGAAUGCGGUCGUUUUGACACGGAAAGUUCAAAAAAUAAUGUGAACCCGUCAACUUUGGAAGUUCCGAUUUUUGAACGAUUAAAAAUUCACGUUCGGCAAAUGGACGACAUUCUUACAGUAUCUCUUUGGAGAAAGGGUCGAAUUUCCAGCACAUUAUUAGGAGCAAUCGAUCUUAAUGUUUUACAGGAUAUUAUUGAAAAAAAAUUUCCCCAGCAAGAAUGGUACCAUUUAAAAAAAAAUGAUAAACUCACAGUGAAAGUUCGAUUAUCUUUUCAUCGUUUAUUCACAAAUAUGGAAGAAAAUGUUUCACCUCUUGUAGAGUACGCAAUGGUUCGAGCUGCACGCGAAGCUCAAGAGAAAAAUGGCGAUGCCUUUCCCAUUAAUUUUGAGUCCUUAGAUGAAAAAGAAAAAUUAAAAUUUCUUUCUCGUAUUCUAGAAGGGCCGUUGAAUAUUCUUGUAGGAACCGGUUGGAAGACUUGCUACUUUAAAGCAAUUGAGCGUAGUGGAUACCGAUGGAAAUGGGUAUACUGGCACAAUAAGGAAGGGGAACAAAAAGGUGAAAAACCAUUAGGUAGCAUCCCAUUAUUGUCUAUAAGUUUAAUUCUACCUGAUAAACAUAAUCGACAUAUAUUUUAUGUUAAAUUUUACACAAAGUCAGGAGUACAAGAUAUGUUUUUAUCAAGAGUCGAUCGUGAUAGAGAUUUAUGGUCGGACGGUCUUUACGAAUUCGUUCUUAGGUUACGAGCAUAUUUGGAAGGGAACCCGAACGCCUCCCAACUUGAAUCGCUUGCUGCUUCUCACUCCAAAUUGAAAAAAAAUCGGCCUAAAAUUUCUAUUAAACCAGGUUUGCGUACCCUUAUAAGUCCGACCGAAAGACACAAAUUAGAAGAAAGCGAAGUUCAGAUACCUAAACAUCAUCAACCCAAAGCUUUAAGUUCAAUGAUACGUCUUAUGGAAAGUUACGAAGACGAAGAACUACCAUCGUCUUCUGAGGAAAAUCCGUUAGCCGUACUUCCCGAAAAAAAUUUUGCUUCGAUUACCGGAGAAGCAUUGCCCCUAGUUUGUGAAAAUGAAAAUAGUAGCGAUUCAUUAACUACUAUGAAAUAACGUAUUUUAGGAAAGUGAAAUCGGCGCUUAUAUAAAAGUAUAACAUUUUCGCAUAAAUACUUUAUGAUUUUGUAACAUCGCAUUAAAUUACAUUUAUUUUGUUAAAUUUAUUCUUAAAGAUAAGAU